CUCCAACAAUGAGUAUAAGAAGCGAAAGCGCUGGUCAAAGUCUACAGAGAUCUUUCUGCAUAAGAAUGAAAUCUACAUUGACCAAACGCGGUUGCCAUUUUAAAUCCUCUGGCUACAGAGUUGUACUAGUUUUAUCACAUCUUAGGCCUCAAUAUAAUUUUUCCUCUUCCUCGAGGAAACAGGCACCUACAGUCAUGGGACUUGUGGGUUUAGCCAUAGCCCUUCCUCCUCCUUCAGUCAACGAGCUACGGCUAGAACCCGACAUGUUUGUAACAAGGCUGACAUUCGAUUUCCGAAUAUCUCACUGUGAGCCAAGGGUAUCUGAACUCUUGGACUACACGGCCGAAGAAAUAACCGGAACAAGUAUGUACACACUGUGCCACGCACAAGACAUCGAAAAACUGCGAAAGUGCCAUAUAGAUUUGAUCCAAAAAGGGCAAGUAAUGAGUGGUUACUAUAG